UGGGCGGUCGAGGUGUUCGUCUCGCAGUUUGGUCAGAAAACUGGAAAAUCUACGAGAGCUUUGUAUUUCGCGCUGAACACGAGCGUUUACGUAUUUCGCAGUCGCACUCGCGUAUUCGCAUAUCCGUGUUUGUUGUUUGACAGCGCGCGUGUGUGCCACUGUGUGUGUGUGUGUGAGUGAGUGUAGCUGUGUGUAGUGGUGUGACGGCCACACGCGCAACGAAAGCGAAAGUUUUGUUUGGCGCGCGUGUUGCCAUUGGCGUCUGCGAAUUUGCACACACACGUUCCCUUACCUAGAAUAGAUUAAAAGCGUGUGAAAACAAAUAGGGAAAAAUACAGAAAAUAAAAGGAAAAGAUAAUGUUCAUUAUUCCCGAUGAGGGUGCAUUAAAUUAAGGGUAUCUAGAGCGGAAGAAACACGACAUCAACAUCAUUCCCGCAGAGUCUGGUGUGAAUACACGCUGUCAAAUAAAAGAAGACUCAAGAAGAUGGCACCCACCAUAUGCUCGGAGAAGAAGCAGCUGCGCGAAACGAGGCGACAUCAUGGCGUGGCCACAGCCGCCAUUUCAUCAGCAUCCGCAACCGCAUCCGCCGCAUCCUCGUCCUCGUCCUUGUCCGUGGGAUCCACAUCUGCAGCUGCCGCCACACAAGCCAGUUCGGUGCUCAACCAUGUGGCCAAAGGUUCGAUGAACUCGAUGAGCCGCCGUCGACCGGCGCGAUUGCAGCGUAGGAUGCCUCACAUCCUUGCCCGCGUGGCCUCCUUCUCCACGGACACGAGCAGCGGCGUGGAAACGGAGGUGGAGAUGGACUCCGAGCAGCGGAUGCAGCUGAACGAGGACCGCUACUCGGAUGCCAGGAUCCAGGGCCUGCAGCAACAGCCACAUUCCAGCAGCGACAACAUCAAGACAGUAUUACAGCCGACGACUGCUAGCGGAUAUAGUAGCAAGCAGAAUCGAUCGGCCAGGGCCAAAAACUGUGAUCGAGAGGUGCCGCUCCAGAUAGAGGACGACCACGAUGGCGACAGUGGGUACGAGUAUAGCCAGGAUCCCAUAAAGGAGCAGCACUUGUACCACCAGAAUAGCGAAGGCCUGUUGUCCAUUGCCAUCAAGACUAUAAAGCUGGUGCAGCGCAACAAGCUGCUGCAAAAGCGAUUGGCCCAACUGCAGCUAGAGACCUCGGAGUUCAUUGCCUCGGUGCUGGCCAACCCGGAAAACCGCCAAUUCCGGGACAAAAUGUCGCCAAAGGCGGAGGCCAAGGUCAGCAACAUGCUGUUGCGCCACUAAAUUGAUCUGGAAAAGUCAAAACAUUUAGGCCCCAUUUCUGGACGUGAUAAGAGUUUUAUUUGAAAACAAAUUUUAAGUCAUAGUGAAUUGUAUUUGAUUUUCUAUGUAUUCGCUCAGAGCAUUUGUAUUCUGUCGCUUAAAAAUUUAACGUAUUUAUUCGCAUUGCUCGGCAUGUUGCGGCAACAUUUUAGGCAACAUGCAAAAAAUAUUGCCAGCUUCUGGGCUGAGCGUGUAAGUUACAUGGAAAAUGUAUGUAAAAUCCGAAUAUGAAUACACGUUAUUUAUUAAGUUGUAAAUGCUUCGCUGCCUAUAUUUUUGAAAUUCCUUGUUACAAGGAAUCCUUUUUGCGUUAAGCAUAAAAAGAAAUAAAUUAUUAAUUUAAUACCUUUAAUUUAUUAUUAUCAUAAUCCAAUAAGUUCCUUUUUUUUAAACAUAUUUUCAAAUUUGACCACAAUACAUUUUAUACACGUCCAGAAAUCCCAUUUUCAAUGGGCUUCGUUUUGAAAAAUUCGUACUGAUUAAAUUUACAAACAUAUUCAUCAAAUUUUAACAACCUAAAUAUACAAAUAAUGACGAAAUCGCUAUGCUAACAUUUACAAAAAAAGAAAAUAUUUAUACGAAUCCAAAAAGUCCAAAAGUGUAUCUGUAGUCGUUAAGAAAACAUUAUGUUUUUCAGUUUCUACGCUCAAGAAUUAAUUUAUAAUAAAUCUAUCUAAUACAUAUAUCUAGAAAACCCCAGCAUAAUCAAUGGAACCCUACGACGCUUUUCGCUUUAUACAACAAAUAGAUCUAGUAAGAAUUAAUUGAUAUGCAAAGCAAUUGGUUUGAACAAAAAUACGUAAAUUUUUUUCGGUAUUAUUAAACUAACCGAUAUAUUUCAUUGAAUAUGCCUAAGUAUAUCGAAACUAUCAAAACGCUACAAAGCAACACAAAUCAAAGCAAAACCAAAAUACAAUUAAAAGCAAAUCUUUUCAAUUCUAAAUCUUUUAAUAAAUCUCUCUGGCAUAUUCCUCCUACUUAAAGGAACAAAUCAUCCCAUUCACAACAAAAGAAUUCAUCAAUAAAAUUAGUGACCAAUUAAACAUAA